AUGCCAUCACUUGCACCUCAUCUCCUCCAGCACCGCUCCCUCACCUCCCUCAAAUCACGCUUCCCAUCCCCAUCCCCCUCGUCCUCCGACGACCUCACCAACUUCGAAGUACCCUCCGCAGACAUCAAAGCCACCAAGAAGCAAAUUGCCGCCUACGAAAAAUUAGUCGAUAACCUACCUGAAGACAGCAAGAAAAAGCUGAAGAAAUUACAAAAGGAACAUGGGUUAACGCAGAAUCAGCUGAUUUUGGCGGCCUUGAAGGAGUGGGCACCGCAGUAUGUGGGUAUGUUCAAGACAGCGGAGUUUUUUGGGAUUGUUUGA